AUGUUCACCGAUAGUCCAUCUAGCCCAGAAUCUGCCUUUUGUAGCACAUCGAUCUAUUCAGACGACUCUACAGCCAGGGAGACCCCAGCCACGGGGUCCUUCAGUCACACUUCUUUCUCUUCUUCGUGUAGUCAAAAUCUUAACAUGCACAUCGGUGUACGUGAUUCUGGUUUCAAUUCUUCAAUCUUUCCCCCAGUAAUAUCACAUCAAUCCUACGGUCUUCCCCCUCCCGGUCUUUCACUAGUCAGCGCCUCUGCAUGCACAAAACCCGGUUUCCAGUCCACCGCACAAGUCCACUAUCAACCCCAACCAGUCUUACACUAUCCCUCCAUCAACGAGUCCACGCCUCCCAUAGUCCCCUUGUCCAUAAACACGCAGUUAGAACCAAUUCCUCAAUAUGGUAUUUCUAGUUUUGUUCCCGUCGAUCAAUAUGCUCAACAAUCUAUUGCACCAUCGUCCUAUUAUUGCCCCGUCAGCCCGCCUUGCCAAACUGUUCCGGUUCCCUACCCUACAGCCACAACGCCAUAUUCUUCUCCCCAGCUGAGCGACUCUCAAUCACAAUCACAGAAACCUGGUAUUCCCUCUCCGAGCUUUUUGGCAGCCAACAUUGUAAGCAUGUAUACGACUAAGCAAGGAAGCAAGAAUCUCCAAUCACUUCUUUCGGCUCAUGGAAAGGCUGCGGUCCAGGCUAUCCUUCCUCACCUUCAUCCGCACUUGAUUCCCUGCAUGUUUCACAUCUACGGCAACCACAUUCUCCAGGCCAUGAUCAACCAAGCAAGGCAGCAGGUCGGUCCCAUCCUUUACAAUCUGCUAGGGGAUCCACGAAUUCUGGUUCAGGCCUGUAUCAACACGUAUGCAUCCUGGGUGGUGAGGACCCUUUUUAAAGAAGGCCAGAUAGAUCCGGCGGUCCUCAGCCAGGUGAUUGAGAACUUUGCAACAAUAUGCAAUAAUACCUGUGGUAACUACGUGAUCCAGCACCUCUUGGAAAACAAGAAGUGCCCAAAGUCUAUCAUACAACAACUCAUCAAUGAUGCUCCCGAGUUGGUCUUCGGUAAGUACUCCUCUCAUCUCUUAGAAAAGCUAAUCAAGGAAAACGUUCUGCCCAAAAAUUUCCUCUUGCCAUUUAUCAGCAAGGUAGCUCUCACGCGCUAUUUGCCAACGAUCCUGGAGUCCAAAUACGGCUCCUAUGUUAUUGAAAAAGCCAUCUUGAAGGUGGUGCAGAUUCAUGGAAUGAUUGACACCGUGACAACCAUUCUUCGAAUUUGCAAAUAUUACAUCCAAAAGAGCUCCAAGCACUACAAGAACAUCCUCGACGGCUCAACUGUUAUAGUUUGCGAGACAGCUGGCUGCGUGGGAAAUUGUGCACUGUGUUCUUUUUUCCAGACAUCCCGCCAAGCAUUUGAUAUGGAUAAGAUCAAGACAAUGCUCGAGUCCAUCGAGUCCGUCAAUCGCUCGUUUAUUGAGAAUGUUCCCCAGUAUGAGGAGCUACAGCCUCUGGCACUUCCCUUUUUCUGUUAG